GGCGGGGGGGGGGAGCAGAUUUACCUUCCAGGGGUGCCCCGUCUCCGCACCGCGCCCAGGCUUCCCCCUGCGUUAGGAGCUCUGCUCCCCUACCGGCUGAGGGGCUCCCCGCCUGCCUGGGUCCGCCCGCCGCCCUGCUUCUGGGUCCCUGCUCCUGUGGAUGAGGGGACCCGCUUGGACAGCACCACUCGCCUAGCACCGCCUGCGCUGCAGGGCUCUCCGCUUCCCUCUCCGUGCGCGGGGGGCUGAGGCGGCGGGGAGCGCCCGGGAAGGGGGAGGCGGCGGCAGGCAGAAGAAGAGGGAGCGCCGCCGCCGAGACCAUGAGGAAAUUUAACAUCAGGAAGGUGUUGGACGGCCUGACAGCGGUCUCCUCCUCCUCCUCCUCGGCUUCCUCCUCCUCGCAACAACAGCAGUCCGGGAACCGGGAGAGCGACGUCCCGGAGACGCUCCAGUCCGAGCACUUCCAGCUCUGCAAGACCGUACGCCAUGGUUUCCCCUAUCAGCCUUCAGCCUUGGCAUUUGAUCCUGUUCAGAGGAUACUGGCAAUUGGGACUCAGACUGGAGCUUUAAGGCUUUUUGGUCGGCCAGGAGUUGAAUGCUACUGCCAACAUGAUGCUGAAACUGCAGUAAUCCAGCUCCAGUUCCUGAUGAAUGAGGGAGCUCUUGUGAGUGCCUUGGCUGAUGACACCUUACACCUAUGGAAUUUGCGUCAGAAGAGACCUGCUAUACUUCAUUCACUCAAAUUUAACAGAGAAAGACAGAGAAGUACACAGAAACAGACAGAGAAGGAAGUUGGAAUCCGGCUGGACAAGUGGAUAACAUUUUGCCAUCUGCCUUUCCAAAGUAAAUGGCUAUAUGUGGGUACCGAAAGAGGAAACAUUCACAUUGUCAAUGUGGAGUCCUUUACACUCUCAGGCUAUGUCAUCAUGUGGAAUAAAGCCAUUGAACUGUCAUCCAAAUCUCAUCCAGGACCUGUUGUCCAUAUUAGUGACAAUCCAAUGGAUGAAGGAAAGCUCCUGAUUGGCUAUGAGUCUGGAAUAGUAGUAUUAUGGGACCUCAAGUCAAAGAAGGCAGAUUACAGAUACACACAUGAUGAGGCUAUUCACUCUGUUGCUUGGCACCAUGAAGGAAAACAGUUCAUUUGCAGCCAUUCGGAUGGUACCUUGACCAUAUGGAAUAUAAAAUCCCCUGCCAAGCCACUUCAGACAAUCACUCCACAUGGAAAGCAGCUAAAAGAUGGGAAGAAGCCAGAACCUUGCAAACCUAUCCUAAAAGUGGAAUACAAAACAGCUAGAUCUGGGGAGCCUUUUAUCAUUCUGUCGGGAGGCUUGUCAUAUGAUACUGUAGGAAGAAGACCCUGUUUAACAGUCAUGCAUGGGAAAAGCACUGCUGUGCUAGAAAUGGAUUAUUCUAUUGUUGAUUUUCUAACCCUCUGUGAAACUCCGUACCCUAAUGAUUUUCAGGAACCAUAUGCUGUGGUGGUUCUUCUAGAAAAGGAUUUAGUACUUAUAGACCUUGCACAAAAUGGGUAUCCUAUAUUUGAAAAUCCCUAUCCUUUGAAUAUACAUGAAUCUCCUGUUACCUGUUGUGAGUAUUUUGCUGAUUGUCCUGUGGACCUCAUUCCUGCACUUUAUUCAGUUGGAGCUCGACAGAAACGUCAAGGUUACAGUAAAAAGGAAUGGCCUAUCAGUGGAGGCAACUGGGGUUUGGUCACUCAGAGCUACCCAGAGAUCAUUAUUACAGGACAUGCUGAUGGGUCAAUCAAGUUUUGGGAUGCCUCUGCAAUAACACUGCAAGUACUUUACAAACUAAAAACAGCUAAAGUAUUUGAAAAAUCACGAAAUAAGGAUGACAAGCCAAACACAGAUAUAGUAGAUGAAGAUCCAUAUGCCAUUCAGAUCAUCUCGUGGUGUCCAGAAAGUAGGAUGCUGUGCAUAGCAGGAGUUUCUGCGCAUGUCAUUAUUUACAGGUUCAGCAAACAGGAAGUGACAACAGAAGUCAUUCCGAUGCUUGAAGUACGGCUGCUGUAUGAAAUAAAUGAUGUAGAAUCUCCAGAUGGUGAACAAGCACCACCGUUGCCAACUCCAGGCACAGGUUCCAAUCCUCAGUCCAUUGCCCCCCAGUCACAUCCAUCUACAAGCAGCAGCUCAUCUGAUGGGCUCCGUGAUAAUGUCCCGUGUUUAAAAAUAAAAAGCUCUCCCCUCAAACAGUCUGCAGGCUAUCAAAUUGAACUAGUUAUUCAGCUGGUAUGGGUGAGUGGAGAACCUCCGCAGCAGAUAACCAGUUUGGCAGUGAACUCCGCCUAUGGUCUAGUAGUUUUUGGCAAUUGUAAUGGUAUUGCAAUGGUUGAUUACCUGCAGAAGACAGUGCUCUUGAACCUUGGCACCAUUGAAUUGUAUGGCUCUAAUGAUCCUUAUCGUAGGGAACCUCGAUCUCCUCGCAAAUCUCGGCAACCAUCAGGAGCAGGUCUUUGUGAUAUUAAUGAAGGGACUACAGUGCCAGAGGAUCGCUGCAAGUCACCCACUUCGGGUAACUACAAAACUACAGGUUCUGGUUCUCCAAACAAUUCUGAUGAUGAUGAUAAAAAAAUGAAUAAUUUUAUAGAAAAGGUGAAGACCAAAGGCAGAAAAUUUUCCAAGAUGGUAGCCAAUGAUAUAGCAAAGAUGUCCAGAAAGUUAAGUUUGCCAACUGAGCUAAAGCCUGAUUUAGAUGUCAGAGACAACUCCUUCAGUCGAUCCCGGAGUUCCAGUGUAACUAGCAUCGAUAAGGAAUCCCGAGAAGCAAUUUCUGCUCUUCAUUUCUGUGAGACUUUCACACGGAAAGCAGAUACGUCACUUUCUCCAUGUGUAUGGGUCGGGACUACUCUGGGUACGGUGCUAGUCAUUGUACUGAACCUACCCCCAGGAGGAGAACAAAGACUAAUUCAGCCAGUAAUUGUUUCUCCCAGUGGAACCAUUUUGAGGCUAAAAGGGGCAAUCCUGAGAAUGGCUUUUCUGGACACCACAGGAUCUAUAGUUCCACCAGCAUAUGAACCGUGGAGAGAACACAAUGUUUCUGAAGACAAAGAUGAAAAGGACAAAUUGAAAAAACGGCGGCCUGUCUCAGUGUCCCCCUCCUCCUCUUCUCAGGAAAUCAGUGAAAACCAAUAUGCAGUGAUCUGUUCUGAAAAGCAAGCAAAAGUUAUCUCACUGCCAUCACAGAACUGUAUUCAUAAACAAAACAUAACAGAGACUUCUUUUGUUCUUCGUGGAGAUAUAGUGGCAUUGAGUAAUAGUAGCUGCCUUGCAUGUUUCUGUGCCAAUGGACAUAUUAUGACUUUUAGUUUGCCAAGUUUAAGGCCAUUGUUGGAUGUAUAUUACCUGCCACUUACCAACAUGCGGAUAGCCAGAACAUUCUGCUUCACGAACAACGGACAGGCGUUGUAUCUUGUCUCACCUACAGAAAUCCAGAGAAUCACGUACAGUCAAGAAACUUGUGAAAACCUACAGGAAAUGUUGGGUGAGCUCUUCACUCCAGUAGAAACACCAGAAGCCCCAAAUAGGGGGUUCUUUAAAGGCCUGUUUGGAGGUGGUGCACAGUCACUCGACAGAGAAGAACUCUUUGGAGAAUCAGCAUCUGGAAAAGCAUCAAGAAGUCUUGCUCAGCAUAUCCCAGGGCCUGGUGGUAUUGAAGGUGUUAAAGGAUCAGCAUCUGGAGUAAUUGGUGAACUAGCAAGAGCCAGGAUUGCACUAGAUGAAAGAGGGCAGAAACUAGGAGAAUUGGACGAAAGAACGGCUGCUAUGCUAGGUAGUGCUGAGUCUUUCUCUAAACAUGCUCAUGAGUUGAUGAUGAAGUGCAAAGAUAAGAAGUGGUACCACAUCUGACAACCUACAUCCAAAUAGAUCAAUUUAACUUUAUCUUGAGGAAGAAAAAUGUCCUUUUUUUUUCUUUUAAUUAAUUUCUGCAGGACCAUUGGAGUUGGAGGAGUAUUCACUGUCUAUUGGAUAGUGUUGUUUCCUAGCACAAAUCAUACACAGUUUUACCUCAGUCAUAUGGCUUUAACUGAGGAGCAUUAUAUUUAAAACAGACACACACAAAAACUUGGAUGUUUGUCGUAGCUGUGGGUUUACUCAGAGCUUGGGAAUAGAACAGGUGACACAGGACACUUGAAGAAGAGAGGCAAAGGGGAAAAGAUGCAAGAUGGGCAGUGGCAAUGCAGGAUCAAUCCUGUGUUAAUAUGUCAUAUGCCAAAAGUUUCUGUUGUAACUGCUGUCAGUGUUUCACCCUCCUGUGAGGAGAGGCAAUAAAUCAGGGGUCCAAAAGCUGGAAUAAAGUUGUGUUUGUCUUACUGAACUAUAAAUAGCUGACUUCACCUACCCUCCCUUCCAUUAUUACUGAAGAAGAGUUACACUCUGUUUGCUACCAUCUCUUUGAUCAGACAAGCUGGAAGUCUGAAAGAUCCAUAUUGAAAAUGUAUAUACAGUUGACCUGUUCAUAGUCUCUUCAAGGACCCCUGAUCUAGUAUUCUUGUAUUCACAUCAUACUCUGUCAAGUGCAAAACAAAAGGAUAAAACAUUUUUGCAUUAAAAAAAAAUCAAGUGAAUAACAUGACUGAAUUGCGUUUCAUACUGGUUUUCAUGUGUUAUUGCUGUGCGAAGUGAAAAGUGAAAACAUCUCCACUGUGGUGAGAAGAAUACUUCAGUGUCUUUUAUGUGUCUUCUUUCAUUCAGCUAAAUCUUUCCCGCACCCCCUUCCACCUCACCCCCCCAAAAAAACUAGUUAUUGGUUCAGUUUGUAAAAUGUUUGGCGUUGGCUAUCAGUUUCAUUCAUCCUGUGAAUUUUUAUAAAUGUUUAACGGAAUAUCUUUUUACAGCCAUUUAAUUAAAUUUGUUGAGAUGGUUCUAAGCAAAAACUGUAGCUAACUUAUAUGCCCCUUUAGUUCUUUAUUACCAAAUCAAAUAACCUUGGACUCAGGUUUGAAACAGUUUUAAACUCAGUGAAGAUGCUGUUUCAAGGAUAAGGGCAAGCAUCUAAUGUUAAGUCUUUUAGUUUUUCUUAAAUCCUGUUUGUAGAGCUACUGUUCAAGACUGUAACUCAGUAGCUUCAAACAUUCAAGACCUACUUAAAAAUUGGAGUUAGUCUACAAAACUGUUUUCAGUAAAUGGGUAUGAUACUAAAAAUGAACAAUAAAGAGGUUCUUAGUAUUUCAUGAAGUGGAGGACCACUCUUUAAAUUUGGGCAGGAAAAAAAUUAAGCAUUUGUGCUAAAUCAAAGCAGCAUAUUGUGUUAGUGUAUGACUGCUGCACUGAAGCCAUAACUGUAGGGAUGAACAGAAUUUAAAAGAAAGAGAGAAGAAAAAUCCCUUAGAAGAAAAUGUUUGCAUUGUAAAAACUGAGUGAUUUCGUUAUUUUAAUCACGAAUUGGAAAUAGUGACUAAUUGUGUUUUGCAAGGGGGAAUAGUUAGAAAAUAAUGGAGAAUUUUUUUGUAAAGUUUCCCAUAUUGAAUGAUUAAGAUAAACUCCUUCUAGCACCUUAGCGCUAUAUGUUUGUCAUUCACUCCUCUUUAGGUAUUCCCAGGGCAAAAUUUGUUAUGUUUUAUAUCUAAUUGAAAAUUCUGUCAUAGGUAUAUAAGCUUAUAGUAAACUUGGCUUAUUAUUUGACAGAUGCAAGAUGUGAAGGGUUAAUUAUUCUUAAUACAGUUCAAAAAAUUGUAAAUUUUGUCCCAGAAAAGGUGUUCAGAAUUUGUAUACAAACUGGUGAAAUAACGUAAGUUCUCACCCCAAGAUAAAAUUAAUGGAAUUCACUGACUGCCUUUUGGUUUAUCAGUACUUGAGGGUGUACCACACAUCCUACCAUUCUGUGCUGUAUCACACAAAAUAACAAGUCUGACUAUGUAUUUAAAUUUUUGUUUGGGAAAAAAAAUGAUGCACCAAAGAGGAGUAGUUACUGAUGUGGAAAUGAAAAUGCAAAGCAGCAGCAUUCUAAAUUCUUGAUAGUUCUCCAUAUAGAUAAGGGUUAUAUUAGCUCCGGUUGUUUUGGCCACACAUUUGUUUAAUCUCUUCUGUAUGCUACCUAUUUCAUUUUUGCAGUCAGUUUGCCUACUGUAUAUUCAACAUAAAUUAAUCUUGUAUUUGCUUGCAAUCCAGCAGCAGAAAACCAGAUAAACUUACAUUAGAUCAAUUUAAAAAGAAAUUCUGAAGUGGUUGUUCAAUUUUUCCCUCACCCUUAAAUUCAAAUUAGUUCUAUUACUUUUGCCCAGUGGAACUGCAUUUCAGGGCAACAGGAAUCUAUCCAAGAAGAUAUUCUGAUCAGUCUUUGGGAGAGAUUCUCUUAGCAGUGCUUAUCAAAA